AUGGCUGCCCCUCCUCCCCAGCUGAUGCCCAUGCCCGACUUGAGCAACGCCAUUGUUGCUCAGGACGAGAUGGGCCGUCCUUUCAUCAUUGUGCGAGAUCAAGGCACCAAGCAGCGCAAGCUGGGCAUUGAGGCCACCAAGUCCCACAUCCUCGCCGCCCGCUCGGUCGCGUCGAUCAUCAAGACGUCGCUUGGCCCUCGGGGGAUGGACAAAAUUAUGGUCAGUCAGGACGGAGAAAUCACCAUCACCAACGACGGUGCCACCAUUCUUUCCCAGAUGGACCUCGACAACGAAAUUGCCAAGUUGAUGGUGGAACUCUCGCAAUCGCAAGACGACGAGAUCGGUGACGGGACCACCGGGGUGGUGGUGCUUGCCCUGGCAUUGUUAGACCAAGCCCUCGACCUUAUUGAACAAGGUAUCCACCAAAUCAAGAUCGCCAACGGUUUCGACGAAGCGUGCAAGAUUGCCGUGAAGCAAUUGGACGCUGUCUCCGACGCUAUUGACAUUUCGGCAUCGCUGAACGAUGGCAACUUGUUGAAACUGGCCAAGACUUCGUUGGGUUCCAAGAUUGUGCUGAAACUGCACGACCAAUUUGCCAAAAUGGCGGUGGACGCGGUGUUAGCUGUGGCCAACUUUGAACGGAAAGACGUUGACUUUGAGUUGAUCAAGAUUGAAAAGAAGGUUGGUGGCUCGAUUGAAGACCUGAGACUUGUCAAGGGGGUUCUUUUAGAGAAAGACUGGUCUCACCCGCAAAUGAAGAAGGUGGUCGAAGACGCUAAGAUCGCUAUAUUGACCUGUCCUUUUGAACCGCCUAAGCCUAAGACUAAGCAUAAGCUUGAUAUCAGCUCGGUGGAAGAAUUCAAGGCUUUACAAGAGUACGAACAGAAAAAAUUUCAGGAAAUGAUCGACCAAGUCAAGGCCGCCGGGGCCAACGUUGUCGCCUGUCAAUGGGGGUUCGAUGACGAAGCUAACCACUUGUUGUACGCUAACGGCCUCAACGCCAUCCGGUGGAUUGGCGGUAGCGAGCUUGAACAAUUGGCCAUUGCCACCAACGGCCGUAUCGUCCCUCGUUUCGAGGACUUGUCGGCGGAAAAGUUGGGUCACGCUGGUGUGAUCAGAGAGCUUGAGUUUGGUACCACACGUGACCGGAUGUUGUGUGUGGAAGACUGCUCCAACACUCGAGCUGUCACCUGUUUCCUCCGUGGUUCCAACCAGAUGAUCGUUGACGAAGCUCAAAGAGCCUUGCACGACUCCUUGUGUGUCGUGCGUAACCUUAUCCGGGACUCGAGAGUGGUGUACGGUGGGGGUGCUGCCGAACUUGCUUGUCUGAUUGCUGUGGCUGAUGCUGCUGAUCAGCAACGGGGUAUUGACCAAUACGCGUUCCGAGCAUUCUCUCAGGCGUUGGACACCAUCCCGAUGACCUUAGCGGAAAACUCGGGUUUGGACCCCAUCAACACCUUGGCGCUGCUUAAAGCUAAGCAAGUGUUGGAAAAGCUGUCAAACUUGGGUGUCGACUGUUUGAGUAAGGGCACCAACGACAUGAAGGAGUUGUUUGUCAUCGACCCGUUGAUUGGGAAGAAGCAACAAUUGUUGUUGGCGACCCAAUUGACCCGGAUGAUCUUGAAGAUCAACGACGUGAUCAUUAGUGGUAAGGAUGAGUACUGA